AUGUUCUCACGGGUGGCUAUAGGCGAAGUUGCGCUCACUGAACCGACACCAGAAAUAGCGGUGACGCGAGGAGACGAUCCUGGAAUCGAAAAGUCGACUGCUGUUGACGGCAAUGAGAAGGUCUCAGUCAGAAGGGGUUUAGGACAAAGGGAAAUUGCUGAAGAGACGGUAAUCAGGAAAUCACAGGGCGGGAACACAGACGGACUUGGUGAUAUCGCAGAGGCAGGAAAACGACCGCAGGUGUUAGACACGAUUGGACCCGGCAACGAGACUGGAUCAUUUGAUUUGAACAGUCCGGAGGAACGGGAGUUGACGGGAAAAUCGAGAAAGAGCCGAAAACCCGACCUGGUGAAAUACUCGGCCAACAAUGACGAUACCAAGCUUAUUAGUGAGUCGAAGCCGCAAGCCAUUCACAAGGCUUCCACCAAAUCGAUGGUAGCGUUCAGCCCAGAGGAAGUUGCGAGAAAUGAACAAGGUUUGAAUCCUCCGAUAGUGAAGUCAGCACUAGAGGCACUCGUAGUGAAGUACACCAUGGCUCGACAACCAAAACAAGCGCCUUCUACUGGCAUAUCACCACGUUAUGGGCCUAAGAGUAACGUACGUGGCAAUAGUGGAAAAUUGAUGGUUGAUAAAACUCAGUCACUUGCUCAUAUCACGGUUGAUGAACAUGUGAAGAAUCUUAGUACUGAUCAUGCUUCGCAGUCGACUAUGCAAGGUUCGGUCCGAUGGGCCAUUUACCCCGAUGGUGGGUUCAGACUUGCCUGGGAUGUCACUGGUCUCCUCUUCAUCAUCUAUCAGGGUUUCAUAGUAAAACACAACUUCCGCCUCCGUGUGUAUUUUCUGUCGUCAUCGAAGGUUCCCUUUACGCUGAGUUUCGAGACGGAGUUACUCGGCUUACUGGCGGACUUUGAUCGGUGCAUCGACUUGUAUUUCAUCUCUGAUAUUGCGCUCAAUUUUGUCACGGGUUACUGGAAUAGAGGGGCGUUGAUUCGAUCGGUAACAUUGCUUAACCCGUUUGACGUGAAGUGGCGUCUUGCUCGCUUACUUCGUCUACUACGAUUGAAUGUAUUGUUGAUGAAAUUAGAAGAACACAUUGACUCGGAUGUGUGGUUGGCGACGUUUAUUCUCAUCAAGAUGUUUUUGGGCCUCUUCGUAUUAAGCCACUGGCUUGCCUGCGUUUGGUGGUCUAUUGGAGUCGCUCAUGAAGAUUCGGAGACAAAUUGGAUCAGAGAUAAUCAACUGGACGAAGAAGGUCAUUUUGCUACGAAGUAUUUACGAUCUUUGUUUUAUGCUAUUUCGAUUGUGUCUACGAUGUAUGGUGAUGUUAUCGCUGCGAAUGAUGGGGAGAGGAUCUUCACGAUGUUCGCGAUGUUGGCUGCUGGGGUUGUUUUUGCCGUGGUCGUUGGUUCGGUGACUAAUUUGGUGGUUUCAUUCGGUGAGUAUAAAACCGAGUAUCGUCAGCGAAUGAAGAGAGCAAUGCGAUUCAUGAGAGCUCAUAAUGUUGAACCAGAUCUACAGGUGAAGAUCAGAAGGUAUAUCGAACAUCUUCUCGACAACCAAUUCGAAUUCAAGUCUAAGUCGGAGCUCAUGACGAUGCUGUCAGAGUCAUUACAAGGUGAAGUGCAAUUGAACUUGAUGGGGAAACUACUUAAAAAAUAUAAUUUAUUCACAUCAUUGAGAGAAGAACUAGUAGGGCGCAUUUGUAUGGUAUGUAAACCCGUUUUCUGCGCACCUGGAGACGUCGUUUUUUACCAAGGUGACAACGCUGAUGGAAUGUAUUUUGUUCGCAAAGGAGCUCUCACAGUGAUCGCUCUCAUCCUGCCUGACCCACCCAUGGAACACGACUCGACAGGAGUGUGUAACAGUUUUACAGAGUUGAUGUACAUCAAACGUGACGAUCUUCGUGAGAAAAUAAUCGCGGCAGCUGAUGGGCUCACGCUGUACUUGGAAAUGAAGGCGGUUGUUUGUCUAGAGAGGGAACGAUUUGAGGACUGCCGUUUAUGCAUGAUGGGGGCAAUCAUAUGUUACGGAGAUCGGCGCCGAAAAUUUUCAGAAGGAAGAUCGAUUGAAAUAGAUGACGAAGAGCUUCUAUCGAGGGCUCAAGAGUUGCGGAAUAUAUUUGCAGUAGCGUUGUGCAAGCACGGCAGAUUGUACGAGGAAGAUGACGUUGAGGAGGUUAUGGAAGGACCGGUGCCUCAACCUAAUUCGCCCAAGCUCUUGAAACGGGGAGCAUCGAUACGGCUUACACAGCUGACUGAGAAAUGGAUGCCGGUGAAAUGUUUGACAACUCAUGGCGCUCAGCUGUGUGUAGCUGAUUCGAUGGGGAGGACGCCGUUCGACCUGACAACAGAUAAGGAGAUGCUUUCGCUACUACAGGCCAUGGACUUGCACACGGCAACUAGAAACAACGAUGUUAUCUCUUGUCGUGCGGCUAUAGAAGCUGGAAUCGAUCUGAACUGGGUUCACCCGAAAACGGGGACUACGGCCUUGUACGGUGCAGUAGAUAAGAUGCAUGAGGAAAUGGUCACACUCUUACUUGACGGUAAAGCAGAUCCCAAUACGGCGCCGAGUACAGGUUUUAGCCCACUGUAUGCAGCAGCGAACCGGGGUGUACCCAGAAUAUCUAAAAUUUUAUUGGAAUAUAAUGGAGACCCGAACAGGAGAAUAGGAAACGGGGAAACGCCGUUAUUUGCCGCGUUGAGGAAAACGAAAGCGCGAGACGAAAUGGUUGAGCUCCUCUUGAAAGCUGGUGCCAAUGUGAACGUUUAUUCCAAUCAGCAAGUGAACCCGUUCCGGGUGGCUUUGGAAAAAAAUUGUGACAAGAAAGUACUGGAUCUUCUUUUGAAGUAUGGUGCGGUGCCGGACGGCCCGAAUUUGGAAACUGGUGACACUAUUUUACAGCAAACUAGAUACGAUCUAAGCACGGCGAUGUGGCGCUGGAAGAAGACGUUAAUCGGCCGGACAGAUCGCACCAUCAAUACGUGGGUCAAUCGUCUUUGGACGGACCGUGUCGAGGGCAGUGAGGAUGCCGAUAUGAUAACCGAUGAAGUUGAGGAAAGUGUUGGCCGGUGGAGCACAUUAUUGGGCAUGACUACUGAAGUGAGUAAUGUGUCGAAAAGGGUGCUUGCUCUUCUUGAGGGUGAGGCCCCGGAAACGAUUCAGACGAUACGUGCUAACUUGGAGCCCCUGUUACAGCUGAGCGAGGACAACAACGUCACUAUCACCGAGGAGAAGAACACUCAGGUUGAAAUCACUACUAGCGUCCGAUUUUAUCGGAUCUCCUAA